AUGACAUUUUCUUUACCUGCCAAGGCCACUGGCCUUCGCGAAAUUGACCAAUCACUCCUUGAUCUUCGAACAGAUUCUGAGAUCAUCACCCAGCUUAACACAUUUCAACCCAUCACCUCAGAGAAGAACGUUUGGGCCAUCUGGGACAAUGGCUUUGAACGCAUGUAUCCCACCCAUCAGCAAACAGUCCUCAACUGGGUCCGUCGUCUGGGCCAAUCUUGGACAGUUCGUCUUGUAGAUUUCAAAGAAGGGUCGCCUAACAACAUUUACAACUAUGUCGGGAAAGAGUGGUUUCCAGAAUGUUUCAUCAACAAAACAAUGGAUGGAAAACAUGCUCCUCAACACGCAGCUGAUCUCGCCCGCCUGCCGCUUGUCUAUCAAUACGGCGGAGUCUAUCUGGAUGUAUCCAAUAUACUUCAUACAAACCUUGAUACGCUUUUCUGGGACGAGCUCUCAGCACCUGAUACGUCCUAUGAGAUGGGUUCAUGGAUAAUCACAGGACAAAUCAGGAAUAAGGCGGGUGACUUUGGAAACUUCCUUUUUGCAGCUCGCAAGCAUUGCGAGUUUAUCAAAAACUGGCACAACGGAUACAAAGAGCUUUGGAAAGGUCGAACAAAUGUUGACGGUUUCCACAAACAUCCUUUGAUCCAAGAAAUCGGUCUGGCAGAGGCUAUGAGAGACCCCAAGCACGAAGACCAGAUUUAUUGGAUGACAGAUUAUGUCUCACAAAUGGUUCUGGGAGACCGAACCCGAAAUCUUGUUGAUAUCGAAACUGGGUUUAACGGUCGUGAUUUCUGGGAGAAGAAAGUCUUCAUGGUUGAGGGUAUCCAAAAUGGUAUUCUCGGUGCUCUUAGGACCAAUCUUUGCGGCCAAAGACAAGCCGAUCUCUUCACCACACGACUUGACGAGCCCGAUCUUGUCAAGCGAGCCGAAGCCGAAGAUUUUGUUAUCGAGAUGCUGGAGAAGAGUCACAUGUACAAGGUGUACCACAAUUCGAUGGCUGGUCUUCCGGCGUUGGGAGACCUCAUCAAGAAGAAGGAGAACCAAGAUGUGACGUUUCGUCCAGGAACCUUUGGAGAACUUUACCGGUAUGGAACUGUUCAUUGGGAGGCUACGAGAAAGGUUGAGAGGUUGGAGCCUCAGAGGAACGGGGAUGAUCUCAUACAUGGUACUCCUACGAGAACUGCUGCUUCUUUCAUGAAUUAA